CGACGGUGCUGACAAGCCUGCACGCUGUGUCACGUCAUAGUUUAGUCAGCACGUCUCACUUCACACGACGCCCAGACACAUACGCCAGUCAUGUAAGUGCAGUAAUGAGUUGAGUGAGGCGACUACCUGUUCCAUCGCAUGAUCAGUGACCAUUCUUCCAUACUGCUCACUGUGGACGGCUGGCCGUCCUGGAAGGUCUGCCCUCGGUCUUCCUGAAAAUACCGAGGGUCGGCAUUGCCAAACAAAACAGGAAACCUGCGACAAUGCCGAGACACCAGAAAGAAGAAGACGUCUUUUCUGCAAUUGAUGAGCGAUCUUCACUACACCUGUGAGGGUUGCACUUGACGAACCAUGGCAGUUCUCUCCGUUUUAAUUUAUCAUACUUCUCACCCAGCUGAUUGAGACAUACAGCGGUCGGGGGCUCUACAUUAUGGCACAAUGGCAUACUCACCUCAUGUUUUCGCUCAUAUCGUCCUUUGUUAAGAAACUGUCGCGAAUACCCCUCUGUGUACAGUCUCCUCUGCGCCCACACCAGUCGAGCCGCCAUCUCAUUGAACAGCGCUCGAGGCGGCUUCCAUGACGGGCUUCUAGCUGUAGCCAAAUUGGCAAGGCGAAGAGCCUCCAAGUCACGCAGGCCAGUGUCUGACAUGAUGCUUCUGAUGAGCUAUUGGGAGACAUUCAUGUGUCUGCUCACCUGAAAGCGGUUUGUUGAGAUUGGCUUGCAAGUCGGACGGGAGCUCAUCAGGCGGAUCUCCAAAGAGAGCAUCGGCCAUGCACGACUCGCUGCGCAAGAUGCGACCCCUGCUGUCACCAUAAGACGAAUCUGAGAUCGAACACAGCGCAUACGUGAGAAUGGUUGGCAUUAUCGCCCAUACAUUUGACGAAAAGGAACGGGAUGAAGUUGUAGUCUGUAAUGUGCCAGCUGCAAUGGAAAGAAAGGGGCUAUAGUCAAGCAUCUGAACGGUACGUCUUCAUACCCUCCGUAGAGCUUCGGCUGCACUUGUCGGCGGUAGAAGUACAUUCGGCGGCUCCUGACCAUCUCAAAAGGCUGCAAGAGAGAACACUCGACCGGAACUGGAAUGUCUCAGUACCGUUCCUACCACUAGCAUGCCUCGAGGGGCUGACGCAUGUGGAAGACGGGAGAUGAGAGGCCGCAUAUCCAUCAUUUUGGUGAAGACGAUGUUAAAGUUGCCUGCCCAGCUGAUGAGAACAAGUGCAGCAUCCUGAAGAGGUUUGGUCAGCUCACAGUGCUUGACCAGCUUCAUCACUUCCCCGGCAGGAAUCUUCCAGAGGGCACAAAGAGACAUGGUCAAUGACCGUCAACUGUGUCUGUCAUGGCACCUCAUCUGGAUCGCUCAUGAAGACUAGGUCUUCGGGGAGGCUGACAUACUUGUGAUCCAUUUCCUCGUUGAGCUGCAGAAACCUCUUCACGAUCUCGUUACGGGCCCACAUCUGUGGUUCCCAGCAGUCCUGGCCGUCUUCUUGACAAGCCUUGCUGUUCUCAUAUUUUCUGCGCAUCACUGAUUCCGGCAGCUCUAUUGAGAUGAUUCGAUCUCGCAAGUCACCAAACCUGAUAACAGCCAUCCAAUCACCCAUCGAUGACGUGCCAUCUAUCGUCUGUUUGACCAUUCAGGGUCUUGCAGCGCCCGGGUCAUCAAGAGAGGCUUCGAACGCCCUGUGGAAGUCAUCCGACUUUCGCCAACGACAAACCAGUCGACUGCGUGGCGCAACUCGUUGAAGCGCACCUCCGCCGUAUCUGAGUGUGAACAGUAGAAUCGGAUCCAUUCGCCCACACACAGACAGAAUCUCACCCAGGUCAAAGCCAAAGUAAAACAUAUCGACCAUUUUCCGCGGUCUGUCCAAUCGUUUGCCCGACAGGAGCCCGGUGUGCCUGUCAUUUGCUGUGCAGUCAUCGUCGCGUAGUUCAGUGUAGCUCGAUGGAGCCGCACACGUGACGUUGAUGGGCACGGCAGGGGCGGACAAAACGUACGUGGACAAAGCGUCGAUAACUCUUUGUCGCAUUUCUGCAGACAAACAGUGUAGUUUCCAUUUGACGACACACGGCACAGGCCUUUUGCAAUCUUACGUCUCGGUGCGUUGGGCUGGCUGGGAUGCUUGGGGACGUCACCGAAGUCGAAGGCCAUAAGGGCGCCAACUAGUGAAGGGACGAAAAAAGCAGAUGCUGCACUUGUUGGCGACGUUUCAUCAGUGGCAAGGGACCUAAAAGACACGAUUGGCGUUUGCGUGCGGAGAAGGGACAGGAGAGAAGUGUUAGCAAGGAGCAGUAAGACUGCCAUAAUCGUCAGGAAAGCAGUCAUGGUAAGGACACGGGGGGAUGAGGAAAGCCUCGGGAUUGCCAUCUGAGAAUCGGUGGCCGUCCGUGUAACUCACGAGUGAAU